GAAGAUGAUUUGAACGGCAUCCACAUUGUGGCCUUUGCAGAGAAGAGUGACCCAGAUGGCUACGAGUUCCUGGAGAUCCUGAAACAGGUUGCCCGGGACAAUGCCGACAACCCUGAGCUGAGCAUCGUGUGGAUCGACCCAGAUGACUUUCCUCUGCUCGUUGCCUAUUGGGAGAAGACUUUCAAGAUUGACCUAUUCAGGCCACAGAUUGGGGUGGUGAAUGUGACAGAUGCUGACAGUGUCUGGAUGGAGAUUCCCGAUGAUGAUGACCUGCCCACGGCUGAAGAGCUGGAAGACUGGAUUGAGGACGUGCUUUCUGGAAAGAUAAACACUGAAGAUGAUGACAAUGAAGAUGAUGAUGACAAUGAUGAUGAUGAUGAUGACAAUGACAAUUCUGAUGAAGAGGAUAAUGAUGACAGUGAUGAUGAUGAUGAAUAGCACCAUCUCCAAAUGACUCUGAUGAAAACAUAAUCCCAGCUCCCCAUUACCCUAGAUAGCACAAGGUGCCAGCAAGCAGCCCUGUCCCAUACCCAGCCAGCUCCUUUCCCUUUUCCAACAUCUCUUUUCCCACUCCCUUAUCAUCAGGAGCAGCAAAAUUCAGCAAAUGCCUAUCCAAAUAUAGAAAUCCCACUCAGCAGGGACAGGAGGGGAAUUCUUCCCAUGUUCAUUGUCUGGACUGUCACGGAACAGCUCUUUUUCGUUGCCAGACCAUCAAGGGUCAUAGCAGUGCCAGAAUCUGGAAGUAUAGGGAGAACAAUCUCCUAACACCUCUACUCAAGUUUACUUGUCUUUGACUAUGAGGACAAUAGAAUUGACGGCUUGCUAACUCACAAGCAUGGAGUGACCUUAUAAUCAGAACCCAGGGAAAACACGCGAUUAAUCAAUUUAGCCCCCAUACCUACAGCAUCAGUUGAGAUCCUUCCUCAAGCCAAGAGGAUUCCUCUUAGGGAAGGCUCAGCCUUGGAAACAAGUUUAUAAAUCAGCUUCUCUUGACUCUAUUAAACUAAUUAUUUCAAAUGUGGGUCAGACCAU